AUGAAGGUCUACUACAUCGGCAUAAUAAAAACAGCAGGCGCCAAAGCCCUCGAGCUAACAUCGUCAAAGGACCUCACGCAGUUCUCCUUCUUUGAACGCAACGGCGUCUCGCAAUUCAUGACCUUUUUCGCAGAGACAAUCGCGCAACGCACCAACGCCGGCCAAAGACAAAGCGUCGAAGAAGGGAACUACGUAGGCCACACAUACACGCGCGCCGAAGGCAUCUCGGGGGUAAUCAUCACGGACAAGGAAUACCCCGUGAGACCCGCAUACACCUUGAUCAACAAGAUCCUAGAUGAAUAUUUGAGCAUUCACCCCAAGUCGCAAUGGCAAGACUUGGAGGUGACGAAUGGCAGUUUGAAUUAUCUGCAGUUGGAGGUGUAUUUGAAGAAGUACCAGGACCCUGCGCAGGCGGACUCGAUUAUGAAGGUGCAGCAGGAGUUGGACGACACCAAGGUUGUGUUGCAUAAGACGAUUGAAGGCGUGUUGCAGAGGGGGGAGAAGUUGGAUACCUUGGUUGAUAAGUCCGAGGCGUUGAGUAGCUCGUCUCGUAUGUUUUACAAGCAGGCAAAGAAGACGAAUUCGUGUUGCAUCAUCAUGUGA